AUGGAUGAAGCCAAUCCAUAUAACCAGCGCCCUGCAAAGCGCCAGAAGCUGGCCGCGCCGGCACCAGGCCCAUAUGUCCUUCGUGCCGUUCUCGAGGACAUCCCACUGGCAGCGGACGAUGGUGAUGCAGAAGUAUCGAUUACAUGUGUAGAAUAUUGGAACAACAAUUUAUACAUCGGAACCUCUGCGGCUGAAAUCCUGCACCUGGUCUCGAUCCCUUCUGAUCAGGACGACGACAAUGCUCCUUCCACCUUCAUUCUAGCCUCCCGAUUGCAACCCAGCGGCCAUGCCGCUUCAGCCGACUCCCCAAAUGCGCCAGGCAUCCAGCAGAUCCUUGUCCUGCCCGGUCCUCUGAAAGCCUGCGUAUUAUGCAACGGCGUUGUCUCGUUUUACUCACUUCCAGAGUUCAGUCCGGCAUUUCCUAACAGGGAACCCACUGGGGUCCAGUGGAUUGGUGGCAUCGACGAAAAUGAAGACAAAGAGAACCCGGAAGGCCCUGUGGUGAUGAUCGCAAACUCUCGCAGAAUCAUCUUGGUCCGUGUGGGUGAGAGGCUGCGAUCGCUGAGAAAUAACAUCGAAUAUCCCGGCUGUUUGAGAUCAAGUCGAAGAGACACCAUUGCAUGCGUGGCCGACGACACGAGCUAUGCGCUCUUGGAGGUGGAACACCAGCAGAAGAUUCCACUGUUUCCCAUCUCGUCGCAGCCCACGGACGAUGAGAUUCUGGCCGAUAAUGGAGGUAGAUCUCCAGCACGGUCUCCUCCACCUGCUGAAGCAGCUGGUCAUGGUCGAAGUACAAGCAUGGGGAACCUGAUAGGCUCUACAGAGGACAGAAGGGACAGUCCUCACAGGCGCCAGGAGUCUGCCUAUCUAAUGCCUCCUGAUGACACGGCAUCGGCUGGUUCAGGCCAACCCGCAUUACCAUCUACCGACGUUGCAGCUCCCGACGGAAGUGCUGAUGGGAGCGCACGACCGAGAGCGCGUCCUCGGGCGUCGACCGAGGCACUGCCCUCCAGAUCAUCUGCUGCAACGAACAGCAAGCAUUCUCAUAAGCGUCUCAAGCCACAUAUCCUCUCGCCGUUUCCGACUGAAUUCAUGCUAACAACUGGCACAACAGAGUCUGAGCCUGGUGUUGGUAUGUUCGUCAACCUGGAUGGUGAUGUUGUCCGAGGGACCAUUGACUUUGAAAGCUAUCCUGAGGAUCUGCUCCUGGACAACUUUGCUGUGCCAGAAAAUGAAGGAGCCCCACGCUCGGAAGAUGAAGGCAAAAUUAUCUUUGCUCUUUUGCGGAAAGUUGAGGAAGGCAUCGCAGAGAGGAAAUUGGAAAUACAGCUGGUCGAGAAUGCAUCUGAGCUGGCUCAUCCUCGCACGUGUGUUGCCCUGCCGUCAAGCGGCUUCGAGAAUGCUCCCGCUGGCUUGCACCACACGCUAAGUACGCAUAACCAUUUCUUCAAAGCCCCCGGAGAACUGCUGCAACUGGUGCCACUUUCCGUCAAACCAUUGCAUCAUCGAGAAAGCGCUCAAGGCGAGGGUGAUCCGAGGACACAGUCCGCCAUGGAGCAGGUGGAGCAAGAGCGCGCUCUGUUCGACAGUCAAUCUUUGAGCACGCCUGUAGAGCCGUCGAAUGAGCUUGUGAAGAAGCGCGCUACUGAAGAGGAAAAGCUUGCCCGUCGCUUCGGACGCGCCUUCACGAGAAAUUUGGUUUGGCACGGGAAAGAUCUACUCAUGAUCUUGCAAAAUCCUUUGAUUUCGCAGCUCGAGUACCGUCUGAUGCAGUACAUGGUCGACAGUCAACCCGCCAAUGUAAUCCCUGGUCAAAUCUUUGGGUUCUUGGCCAGCAUACACGGUCGCGAACCGAAGGAUGAGACAGAGUUUCUUACGCUGAACUAUAUCAGACAGAAGGCUAGUCUGAUUCUGUUUUUACAUUUGGAGACACAGCUUUCGGGUUCCUCGGCCCUUCAAGACAUAUUCCGAGCUGUUGAAAACACGCUACAUGAUGGAGGAUUGGAUCCGCGGAUCGUGCUGCUUCUUUUACCUCCGCUGUCAUCGGAGGUCUUGUACGGGCCGGAAGGCAUCUGGCUCCAUCAAGGUAUGGCAGACCUGCUGCAGGACCAUCCAUCACCAGUUUUUCAUUUCGAGGAUGCUCCUACUGAAUUCUGGAUGAUGAUGAGACACUUCUUGAUGCUGUGGCAAGAGAAGCGCGGGUACGGAAGCAUUGCAGACGACAAGCACGUCUUUGAUUCCGUGGAUGCGGCGCUUCUUCAUGUCUUGCUCUAUUUGGACCAAGCUUUGCCCACAGAUAGUCCUGCCCAGAGAUCAGUUCGGACCAAAUUGCACAAUGUCGUUGAUCAAUGGAAGGGCGAUUUUGAGCGUGCGACAUUGCUUUUGGAAAGGUACAACCGGCUUUACGUUCUGAGCCGGCUGUACCAGAGUAAGAAACAAGCUCAGGAUGUCCUCGCGACGUGGAAACGGAUCAUAGAUGGAGAGAAGGAUGUGGAUUACGGUUCAAAUAUUGGCUACGUGGAAGGUCAACUACGCCGUUAUUUGACAGUCAUUCGAGAUGUCGAUCUUGUCCAAGCCUACACCCUGUGGCUCGCUCAGCGAAAUCCAGACCUCGCCGUCCAAGUCUUCACAGAUGACGCUGCACGGGUGAAGUUCAGCCCUCAAGAAGUUGUCCUACUACUCAAGGAACAAGCGCCAGGGGCAGUCCAGCAGUACCUGGAAUAUCUCGUCUUUGGCAAACACCUCGGGCAGUACGCCGAUGACCUGAUAGGCUAUUACCUCGACUCAGUUCUCACUGUCCUGGAAAAGUCCGAAUCCGCUCGUGCGUCGCUAGCAGAGAGCUAUUCGACAUACCGAGCUCUUGAGUCGCCCAAGCCGACCUACCUCGACUUCAUCCACCAAAACGCGCCCCGGGAGCCAUGGUGGCAAUCACGGCUCCGUCUUCUCCAACUCCUAGGAAGUGGCGCGUACGCAACCACGGGCACCAACGACGCCGGGAAGGAUCUGACUUAUUCGGUCUCCAUGGUCCUCGAGCGCCUGGCACCUUUCUCCUCCUACCUAGUUUCAGAAUCCGUCAUCCUCGAUGCGCGUCAAGGGCGUCACAAAGAAGCCCUUCGCCUUCUAACCCACGGAUUGGGCGACUACGAUACGGCCACACGAUACUGCUACUUCGGCCGUCCCUCGCCUCCCUCAUCCUACCCGAUUGACCCAUCUACCUUGCCCUCCCGAGCAAGCCAGACCGAACUCUUCACCUUCCUCUUUGGCGAAUUCCUCUCCAUCUCCGACGUCGAAGACCGCCUGGAACGCACAUCCCACCUGCUCGGAAAAUUCGCCAGCUUUUUCGACCCUUUACAGAUCCUGGAGGACAUCCCGGAUGACUGGACGGUGGAGAUGCUGAGUGAGUUUCUCGUGAGGAGUUUCCGUGCUGCCACGACCGAGAGGAACCAGCUCGUAAUCAUGAAGGCGUUGAGCGCGGCGCAGAACCUCAUCAGGCAGGUCGAGUUCGUGGAGCUGUGUGAGAAGAUUGGUCCAAAGAUCGAGACGGGAGGUGAGGGUGAAGAAGGUGGACAGGGUCAGGGUCAGGAAGGGUAUGAAGAGCUUGCAACAGGCUGA